AUGUUCAUUUAUGACAGAUGAACAGUUUGUAAUUUUACCAUCUUCUUCAAGGAAAUAAAAAAAAAUAUAUAAAAUUAUCUUUAAAAUCAAAUAGGUGCACAAUUAUAACUGCUAAAGAAUCAUUUUAUAGUUAAAUUAUGUGAAAACGUGUUUACAUUGCGUUGAACACGUCUAUAAUAUACGUACUCAAACGAUGUUUGGUAAAGAAGCAUGGAAAAAUUUCCACUAAAGAGGACAGGGGGCUCUACUCCAGAAUCUCCAUCUUAUCAGGCAGUUACUAAACAGUUUUCAAACGGUUAUUCAUCAGAAAACGGGCAAAAUAACGGCGCACCACACAAAUCUCGUGGUUUCUCUGAUGAUGAAAUGAUUGACAUACACACCAGUAGCGGGGAACAUCGGCAUGUCAGGAUGGAGGAAGAUGAUGGAAUUUCGCAUUAUUCUGUCUCUUAUGGGGGAGCCACUGAUGGGCCUACAGAUAUUCCAGGAAUCGGUCAAUACGAUGAUUUUCAUACCAUCGAUUGGCAAAGGGAUAUUGCUAAAGAUAGGAUGAGGCAUCGGCAUAUCGUAAAAAAGAAACAAGACUCGAUAUGGCAUUUAAUAGAGGGCGCACAUGACGCCUGGUCGGGCUGGGUAUGUGUCUUACUGGUGGGAGUGUGUACCGGAGCAGUUGCCGGAGUCAUCGACAUAGGCGCCAGUUGGAUGACCGACCUGAAAUUCGGAAUUUGCCCGCAAGCGUUUUGGUUGAAUCGCGAACAGUGUUGCUGGUCGAAAGAGACUAGCUUCGAGACUGGAAAUUGCUCGCAGUGGCUUACCUGGCCAGAAGUCUUGGGACAAGCAAAAAAUGGUGUCGGACCAUAUAUUAUAUCAUAUCUUUUUUAUUCUACGUGGGCUUUACUUUUUGCUGCUCUGUCAGCCUCUCUGGUCCGGAUGUUUGCACCUUACGCUUGUGGGUCUGGUAUACCUGAGAUUAAAACGAUCCUGAGUGGUUUCAUCAUAAGAGGUUACUUGGGAAAGUGGACUUUGCUGAUUAAGUGCGUUGGCUUAAUAUUGUCUGUGUCGGCCGGUCUAAGUUUGGGAAAGGAGGGCCCUAUGGUACAUAUUGCUUGUGCUAUAGGUAAUAUUUUGUCAUAUCUAUUUCCGAAAUAUGGCAGAAAUGAGGCCAAAAAACGUGAAAUUUUGUCGGCGUCAGCAGCUGCCGGAGUAUCGGUUGCUUUUGGAGCUCCGAUUGGUGGAGUGCUUUUCAGUUUAGAAGAGGUCAGUUACUAUUUUCCUCUCAAAACCCUUUGGAGAUCUUUCUUUUGUGCCCUAAUCGCCGCAUUUGUCCUUCGUUCCAUCAACCCAUUCGGCAACGAACAUUCUGUUCUCUUCUACGUCCAAUAUAACAAGCCCUGGAUAUUUUUUGAACUAAUACCAUUUAUUGGACUUGGAAUCAUUGGGGGUAUUAUCGCAUCAAUAUUCAUCAAAGCCAACAUAUAUUGGUGCAGAUACAGGAAGUUUUCGAAAUUGGGUCAGUAUCCUGUAACGGAAGUGUUGGUAGUGACUGCUUUAACUGCUCUUAUUGCUUUUCCCAAUCCCUAUACUCGUAUGAGCACUAGUGAGUUGAUAUAUCUCCUGUUCAGUCAGUGCGGUAUUGCUAAUUCUGAUCUUUUAUGCAAUUACGAUAGAAACUUUACUAAUGCAAAAUCAGAGAUCGAUUUGGCCAAAGCAGGAGAUGGAGUUUAUCAAGCCAUCUGGCUUUUGAUCAUUGCAUUAUUUUUGAAGCUUGUCAUGACCGUAUUUACUUUUGGUAUUAAGGUUCCAUCCGGUUUGUUUCUACCAUCCCUUUGUUUAGGUGCAAUUGUAGGGAGAAUAGUCGGUAUUUUUAUGGAGCAAUUAGCGUAUAAAUACCCAAAAAGUUGGUUUUUUAGUGGAGAGUGUUCGAGUAUGGGUGGCUGUAUAACACCUGGAUUAUAUGCGAUGGUAGGUGCAGCCGCAGUUCUCGGCGGAGUAACGCGAAUGACGGUCUCCUUGGUGGUUAUAAUGUUCGAACUAACGGGUGGGGUGCGCUACAUCGUGCCUCUUAUGGCAGCAGCCAUGGCCAGCAAGUGGGUGGGCGAUGCUUUGGGCAGAGAGGGCAUUUAUGACGCCCAUAUUGCCCUAAACGGUUAUCCGUUUUUGGAUUCGAAGGACGAGUACAAACAUACAAGUUUGGCUGCAGACGUAAUGCAACCCAAGCGCAAUGAAAGCUUAAGCGUAAUAACGCAAGAUUCUAUGACUGUGGACGAUAUAGAAGCGCUUUUAAAAGAUACGGAACAUAACGGAUAUCCGGUGGUUGUUUCGAGAGAUUCUCAAUAUUUAGUUGGAUUUAUACCCAGGAAGGAUUUGACCUUGGCUAUUGCCAAUGCAAAACGUAUGAUGGAUGGAAUAUGCGGCCAAUCGUUGGUGUUAUUUACCAGCACCAAUCCUGUCCAGACUUUAGGGCCGCCACCGCUUAAGUUGAGGAAGUAUCUUGAUAUGGCUCCUAUAACUAUUACUGACCAGACUCCGAUGGAAACAGUGGUGGAUAUGUUUAGAAAAUUGGGUUUAAGACAAACUCUAGUCACACAUAAUGGGAGACUACUAGGUGUAAUAACGAAAAAAGACGUUCUACGACAUAUAAAGCAGAUGGACAACGAGGACCCGAAUUCGGUUCUGUUUAACUAAGCAAUUAUUAGGUCAAUUUUUGCCUGUUUAGAUUUUUUAUUACAUUUUACUUAGAAAGCAAAUAAUUCUUUAUAGAUUUUAUUUAUUUACCUACUAUUUUUUUGUAAUUUAAUUUUUACAAUAAAUAUUCAUUAGUUGCAGCUUAUUCUUAUACAGACUGUUCGAAAGAGGCGUCUAAACCUUUAAAGCGAUAUAUAAAAUAUUAAAGUUCCUUAAAUGCAUGAGUUGCCUUUUGCGAACAUUCUGUAUAUGGAUUAAUUUAUAGGGAGGUCUUUGAAGGCCUCUGUUUAUAGUGUAGAUAGUUGUUUUUAUGCAAUUUAUACCUUUAAUCAUUCAUUUAAUUUACAGUCUUCCCCAGCCAAUAAAUAUGCAUCUAUUUAUUAAAUUUUGAAACAUUAAAACUCGAGUAGAGAAUAAAGUGUGUAGGUUAUGAUUAAUUGAUAGAUUUUUAAUAGUUUUAUUGUGAUAGGAAAUACAACUUAUUAUAAUCUUCAUAAUAUUUUUUAAAGUUUGUUAAAUAAAUGUCCCUUACUGGCAUAUAUUUUAAGCAGUACUGUUAAAAAAAAUGUAAGAGUACACACCUUGUAUAUUUUUAUGUAUAUGUAUGUUGUCACUGUAAUAUUUAAUGCUCAGAUCAUAAGAAUAAUAUAUUAUUGUAUCGAAUAUAGCAUAUUAAAAGUUUUACAAACUGCA